AUGGGGGCUUCCGAGGGCCUAUCGCUGGAUCCAAGACCGUCCAAGACUUACCGCCGACCUCGGCGUCGACCGGCUCACUUGCGCACCAAGACCGGAUGCUUAACAUGUCGAAGGCGGAAGAAGAAAUGCGACGAAACCCGCUUGCAAUGCUUGAAUUGCAAAAAGCAAAAUAUGAACUGUGUUUGGAAAAUAUCUGAGUCUCAGCUAGAAGUCUCAGUUCCUAAAGAUCAAAAAUUUGCUUCGGUCAGUGAAAUAAUCAAGGGGGCGCUGGACCAAGUGCCAUUCUCUUCGACAACAGCGAGCUCACCGAAGCAGGCUGCGAAAGCCGUUGGAGCAUCCCAGCUUUGGCAACAGAAAUUUCGCCACAAAAAGGACCUGAUAUCUCUUAGUGGACCUUCAGACAUUGAAUAUUUGACUCUGAAAUCAGUCCCUCCAUGCACAUACUCAUCCGCUAUCACCCCAGAAAGUCGCCAUCUCUUCCAUUUUUUGAAAUGGAAGUUUCUCCCUGAACUGAUUCGACCAGCCGCGGACAGUCGAGUGAUAGAUGUAUUGAGCAGACACACUUUGGCUCUAGCACUGCAACAACCAUUUUGCAUGCAUGCAUUGCUAGCUUGCUGUGGAGCUGAGAUUCCCACCCAUGACCCAACGGUUCGGGAAUUAGCACGUUUCCACUACACUCACGCGGUUGCCGCACUCCGAAGAAACCUCAAUGACGGGAAUGUUCAAACACAGUGGGUGGUUACGAUGCUUACUGUAAUGAUGCUAUGCAUAUAUGAGCGAUCUCAGGUGCAUAGAUCCUCUGGUGUAGAGGUCCACCUUGCAGGGGCUGCAAGAUUGAUUCGACUUUGCUCCCAAAAUUAUUCCAGGGACUUAGAACCCUCUGGCAUACAGCAGUCGAUGCAUCGCCUCGUUCGGGAGUCCUUCAUAUUCCAUGUUGCUACUAGCCUUCCUUUUCAGGAUGAUCAUAUGCACCAAAUGGAAAUCGAGGCAGCUUUUAGGCAGGCCGAGGAAGCCAUCUAUCCACACUUCCUGUCCAACGACUCCUCUCACUCAGAUUCUCCAGUGCUCGGGUUCCCGCCGAAGCUGUUCCGCUGUAUUUAUAUGGUAUGGCGCCUGUACCAAACAUCGCAAUGGAGCUCUGUGGAUUUACAGACGUGCCAGGAUCUUGGUCAAGACCUCAUUCAAUGGGAUCAUCAAAUCACCGCAUCUACAGUUGACAAUCUACUAGACCAUCAAAACGAUGCAAUGAGCCCAAACGGUUCCAUUGACCUCACCAUCUCAAAGUUUGAGAGCCCAUUCCACCUUGCGCCUCUAGGCCCAGCACUAUAUAUACUUGGUUGUCGAAUUUUACUCCAUCGCAUGUCUUCCGUAUGUGCUGGCUCAGAGCCCGACCUGGAACAACUGUUGCAAGAGGGAAUUGCAGCGGUACGACAAUUGCAGCCCAAGCAGGAUUACUUCGCAGAAUAUUACUGCUGGCCACUGCUUAUAAUUGGCAUGCAUUUAGAACACCAACCCGACCGGGACUUGCUUAUGAGCCAAGUCCAUGCUUUCUGGGUGGCCACAAACAAUGGCACAAUGCGGCGACUUGCUGAUAAGCUCCUUGGCCUGUGGAAUGUUGAGAUUGAGACUGAUUCCUUUCGUUGA